AUGAACAUACCACCGCCAAAGAUCCCGAAACCUGCAGUAGAUGAAGAUGCGAGCAAUACAAUACAGUCUACCGAGGAGAAUUCUCAGGUGACAGCGCAAAUGAACAUACCACCGCCAAAGAUCCCGAAACCAGCAGUAGAUGAAGAUGCGAGCAAUACAAUACAAUCUACAGAGGAGAAUUCUCAGGGUGAGCAACGCGGCGGUAAACAGUUUUGGCGACACGGUGUUGCCUUGUUAAACUCCCUUCGAGAUUGGUAUGUUAAGGGGACGAUGGAAAAGCUGUACCGUCGUAGAGCAGUUCUUGCAGUAGUCGGCCAGUGUCCUCAUGUAAGUCAGCGAAGAUUAGAACGAGAGGUAGGCGGUACUCUCGGCAAAAUUCGUCCCAAGCUGUUUGUGCGAAGCAUUGAGGCACUUUCACCAAAGGCUCUCAGUCCUCUAAGAAGC